CCCAUACCGAAACCAGUCAGUAUUGCAUGUUCCCUUUGAUAGUAACAGUGAAAUAAUAACUAUAAGUGAUAACGUAGAUAAUAAAUAGCAUUGAUAAUAGUAGCAAUUUCAAGUGCAACUAAUCGUUGAUGUAAAAAUGGCAACAAUAAAAAUACAAGACCUAGAUAAAUUAUUAAUUGGAUAUUUAAAAGAUGAAUAUGAAAUUUUGGAAGAAAAAAUUAGUGCAGCUACAGCUCCUGGUGAACAUUACGGAUCGAUAAUUCUAGCUGUAGAUUUAAAACUACGAUCAACAAAAGGUGAUCAAGAGGAAAAAACUAUUUCCUUAAUAGCAAAACUUCUACCAGCUAACGCAAUGCUUCGUAAAGUGUUCGAUGUAUACGUUACUUUCAAAAAGGAAGUCCUAGCCUAUUCCGAAGCUAUACCAGCUUUAGUCCAAUUUCAAAGAGAAUAUUCUAUACCUGAAGAUAAGUCGUACGACAAACUGUUUCCAAAAUGCUAUGGAGCAAGGACUAACAAAGAUUUUAAAAAUAACGAAGUAGAUGACCACGGAGUUUUGCUUUUUGAAAAUCUCAAAGUUCAAGGUUUCUAUACAGAAGAUAGACUAAAAGGUUUUGAAGCCGGUGCAGUGAGGUUAAUUUUAAAAGAGUUGGCUAGAUUCCAUGCUACGCCAAUAGCUUUGAAACUAUUAAAACCAGCUGUUUUUGAUGAGAAGAUUAGACCUUGCUUAGUACAAAACAAAGGCCUGGAACAGGUAUCUGAUAUAGCUAUAGUUUUUCACAACAGCAUCAUGGAAGGGGCUAGAGAUUGUCCAGAACUUUUACCAUACUUGGAUAAAAUUCAAAAAAUUUGUGACUAUUGUUUGAAUCACCCAAUCCCCCCAUCCCCUAACGAACCUUGGGCAACAUUUUGUCACAGUGAUUUUUGGACAAGCAAUACAAUGAUUCUUAAAAAAGAUGGCAGGUAUGUCGAAAACAAAAUUUUAGACUUGCAAUUAAUUGGAUAUGCUUCAGCAGCCAAAGAUUUGGCAUUUUUUCUAUUCACUAGUGUUAUUAAUACUGUCCUAGAUGAAUGUUUUGAAGAAUUUAUUAAAAUAUACUACGAUGCUUUCAUUAGUGCUUUGAGUGAUUAUCCAGUAGAUCUGGAAUUAUUUUCUUGGAAGAAAUUUCAAAAAGAGUUCGAAGAGGUUAGUAAAACCGAAAUCUAUCAUAUUUUGGUGAUGUUAAAACCUAUUUGCACUGAACGAGGGAUUGUUACGAACACUGCUGAAAAUUUUGAGGAUUCUGAUUGGACAAGAAAGGAUUUAUUGGGUCCUAAUCAUAGAAGGAAGUUGAGAGAUACCGUAUUGAGUAUUGCCAAGAGAAAUUUUAUCUAGCUAUUGUAAAAAUGGUCAAAGGUAUGAAUUCAUACUCCAUCGAUCAGCAUUAAAAAAUACACAGUAUACACUGUGAUACAGGCUAGUUACUGGUUUAUAUCUGAAUCAUGUAUAUGAUUUAUGGCCUUUGAACCUAUACAGGUUUUUCCCGUAUUUAUUGUAAAACAGGCUGGUUAAUGGUUUAUAACUAAGUCAUAUGUAUGACAAUGCCUGGUGGAUUCAUGUGGAUCCUUUCCUGUUUGUUAUGACCGACGAUGAAACAUGGGUUUUUAUAGCAUCAAGAGCAAAACAAAGGAUGUUAUGUACAAGGUGGUCGGCAUAAAAUAAAUAAAUGAUUCUGAAAUAUUUACAAAGGUAAACCUUUUAUAAAAUAUAAAGUUCCUUCUGUUUUAGAUAUAAAUAUAUGUAUUCAACUGUUAAGUAUUAAACAAUACACAGUAUGCACUGUGAAACAGGCUAGUUACUAGUAUAAUAUGUUUGUACAUAUAACUGUUCAUAUGCAUAAUUUAAUGCCUGGGGAUCUAGGUAGACCCUUUCUGUAUAUUAUUCACUUUAAAACGGGCUAGUUACUGGUUUAUAUUUUACAUAAUUUUAUAUAUACUUAAAAGAAGAUAAACUAUCUAAUUAUUUGUUUUAUUUAAAACAUUUACCUAAGGAAGAGCUGUCAUGAUGUCAUGUCAAUCACGGCAGUGAUGCCACAAUAGGGUUUUUUAUUAUGUACCAGAUUCCAAUAAUGUACGCACCAAAUUUUUUGAAUUCUAUUUGUAGUGACAAAGGUUUUGUGUUUCCUUAGGGCAAGUUCGAGUUGACGCCCUACGGAGUGGGCAGGGCAUGAACAGAGUCCUGUCAAGUUAGAGAUGGAAUGUAGUAACAUCUCGAACGCGCUCUGUCACUCAGAGUAAAAAUCAUAAACUCAAUCCAGUAUGUGAAUCAACGGUCAGUUAAGGCCAAGUUCAACGCGUUGUUAAUGACAAGUGACGGCAACUUUUUUAUCACAAGAAAUACAGCUCUGAACAAUAAUAUUUUCAAAAACUGUUUUCAUAAAUGGGUUCAAAAAACUGUAAAGAAUAAUGGAAAGUCUAUGGUUUGUUCUACUUUUAAUGCAUAAUAUUUUAAUAAGUGA